AGCUACUAAAGAGACACGGACAGACAGAUGGACAGACCAGCAAGAAGAAGCAGAGUGAGCGAGUGAGCGAGUUCAUAAAACGCUAUCGUUUUUGGCUGCUCUGCUCUGCUCUGCUUUUCGAAGCUUUUUUCUUUGUCUUCUUUUCUCAAAUGGCUCCAAGGAAAAGAUCUGCCAGCCAGGAAGAGCCGGCCAAGGCCACUACUGAGUCCGUCAGAGUCACUCGGAGCUCUACUCGACGGGUGGCGAAUCCGAACUCGGCUGACUCGUUUCCGAAUGAGUCGGUGAAGCCCGAGUUGCCUAAGAAGAAAAAGGUCAAAGUGGCUGAGACGAAGAAGAAGGAGAAAGUGAAGGAGGAGAGGAAGAUGGAAGAGGAAACUUUGGAGAUGGCCGAUGGUGACGCGGCCCACAGAACUAUUAUCGUCGAGCACUGCAAGCAGUGCAAUUCAUUCAAGACUAGGGCUUUGCAGGUGGAAAAGGGUUUACUCAAAGGUGUUCCUAACGUCAAAGUUGAGCUCAACCCUGAUAAGCCAAGAAGGGGUUGCUUUGAAAUACGAGAGAAGGAUGGCGAGAUAUUCAUCAGUCUUUUGGACAUGAAGCGGCCAUUUAAGCCAAUGAAAGAUCUAGACAUGGAGGAAGUCAUUGCAGAUAUUAUUAACAAGAUCACAGGAUAAACAGUUGCAUGCAAUUGGAGAUUUAUGAUUGCAUAUUGUAACGGCCUUUUUGUAGCAUUGACUAACAUUGUCCAAGUUCAAUUGCUUGCCUUUUGACGUAGAAAUUUUGCAUAGAUCUCUUUGAUGCUAUUUGUAAUUUUGUUGUUAGUUUUGAUUUGACUAUUAGGUAUGGUAGUUAAAGAUACCUGACGGUUGGGCAAGUCAAUGUAGACAUUUUGAUAGGCAUAAAUGUGAGGGUCAAAACAAUUGGAUUCAGUA